UCCAGUUCCGUUUUGCUGCUUUCCCCUGCUGUUGCCGAUUACUGUUGACCUUGAACUGUUAUUGCAUCUUGCUGAUUUCUGCUCGUUUGGCUGCUCAUCUGCUGCUACUUGCAGUGUUGGAGUUCAGUGUAUAGAAGGGCAAUUGGUAAGGACCAAAAGGUGCAGCAGCACAUUUCGGUCUUCGAGGUAGAGGGUGUAACCAAUCUGCAAGUUCUUUAGUGAUUCUAGAUGGGAGAGUCCCUGGAUGGGGUGAAGGGAAAGAGGGUGGUUUUCGUUACGGUGGGAACAACACGUUUUGAUGCACUUGUUAAAGUGGUGGACUCUCAGGAAGUUAAGGAUGAAUUACUGAGAAGAGGAUACACUAAUCUUCUCAUUCAAAUGGGUCGAGGGUCUUAUCUUCCUACGAAGUCUACUGGUGAUGAUGGAUCUUUGGCUGUAGACUACUUCACAUUUUCUUCAAGCAUUGUGGAACAUUUGAAAUCUGCAUCUCUUGUGAUCAGUCAUGCAGGUUCUGGGAGCAUAUUUGAGACCAUGCGGUUUGGCAAACCUUUAAUCGUGGUUGUCAAUGAAGAUCUGAUGGAUAAUCAUCAGAGCGAGCUAGCUGAAGAAUUGGCUGAGAGAAAACAUUUAUAUUGUGCUCGCCCUCCGACACUUCACCUAACUAUAGCCAGUAUGGAUUUGAAGUCUCUUGUUCCAUACUCUCCUGGAGAUGCCACACCGGUGGCCAAACUCAUAAACAGGUUUCUUGGUUUUCCAGAAGAUUGACGGGGUUGAAUAUACUGUAAGAAACAGGAUUCCUAGGUAAAGCUUAUUUUCUAAUAACCAAUUGGCCCAACUGAAGUUUAUUUGUAAUAUAUCAUGGUUUGGAUGUAUUAGAUGCAUGGAUGUAAAUGUAGUUCACGUUGGCCGGUGUUCACCCUUAAAUCUAUUUUU